UCAGCACAGCAAAGUUUAAGUUAUGUCAGCAUACCUUUGUGGUGGUUAGCUGUUACCACGAAGACAUUUGUCAAGAAAGCAAACUGUGAAAUAUAAAAAUCCAUUAAGACUGCCACGGUAGUUCUGAAGAAGUUUACUUAAUAAGUUAUCUUUUUUGGAGUGAAGCUCAUGUGGAAUGCUGCAUUGCAGGUGGUGUAGAAAGGUAGAAAAAAGCUUCCUUUCUUUCCAGCAAUCUGUAUGGGUGUAAAGGUAACAGGAGGAGGAGUGGAAAUUUGCUUUCUACGUACAGAAGCCAUUAUCAAGUUAAACAGUUUGUUCUGCUCUAAAGUGUAGGGUCUUUCGGUUUUGUUCUGUUUUUGUAGUGUGGACUGACUGAACAGAAGAGAAGAAUUGUAUGAAUCCAUGCUGUAUAAAGGCACGGUGAAUGAAAUGAAAAGUUUACUAAUGCUUGCUAAACUUUGGUGAUUGCUGAUAAGGAAUAUUAAUACCAGGUAAAGCUGUAGGCAUUUUGUUUUUGGUGUAUUCUAGUGUCACAGAAUAAUACCAAAAAAAUCUACUUUCUGUCUGAGAUAAAGAAAAACAGUGUGCGACAUCUGGGAGCAGCAUGUUGCAAGGUGGACAGUGACAUAAAUGCAGCCGGUGAUGUGAAGGGAGGUGCACGCCGAUAUACAGCACUGCAGUUUGUGUACCUAUUGCCCGUUUGCCUUGGACUGUCCCUUGCAUGGAAUAUUGGAUUAAGCCUGGCAUUUAGCUGAGUGACUGGAAUGAGCGUUCAUUUAUAAAUGCUUUCACAUGACAGGAUUUCUUUUUCUGAAUCUUUGUUUUCUAAGUGAUGAUGAAAAUAUGGAUGCUCUCUGUCUGUCUUGAUAACAGAGUACCCCAAGAGUAAAUUCAUUGUGUUUGAUCCCUGUUGAAAAAACAUCCAAGCAACCUGGAAAUGGAGCCCAACUCAUCUGUCAAUGAUGUCUGCCGAAUAUGCCACUCCAAGCUCAAAGGUAACCAGAGAAAAUGGAUCUUCGGUCAGACUGGAAAGAUUAAUUUUCAGGUGGUUCUGUCACAUGUUCUUGGCCACCAAGUUACCCGUGAUGGUGGAGAAGAGUUCCUUUGCAGCAAGUGUGUUUUUAUGUUGGAGAGGGUAUUUCGCUUUGAUACUGUUAUCGCCCGUGUGCAAGCUUUGUCCAUUGAAAAACUGCAGCGGCUGCUGACUGAGAAGGACAAAGUAAUUAAGUGCCUUUCUCACCUUUACAGCCAGUACCAUGCACUACCUCAAUCACCCCAGUACAAGGGUCAGGAUAUCACAGUGGAUAUUGUCAGAUUGCCGCAUGUGCAGUACAACAUGUUGUUACAGGAUGACAUGGCCUUCUCAGAGUAUGAGUGUUGGUCUGAGCGUACAGGUGAACGUUGUCAUGAUCCUAACUGCCAACGCAAGAAUUGCUUUAGCUGCAAUGUCUUGAAAGUCCCUGACUCUGCUUAUGAAUCAGUCUGUGGAAAGCCACGUCGAUUGCCCAGGAGUGGCAGCUGUAGCCCUGUCCGCCUCUUGUCCAAAAGCAAAUCACAAAGCAUGCCCCUAGAUUGGCUACGAUCCCCAGAUAGGACUCCUUCUAUUGGAAGUUAUCGCAGUUCCACCAACUCCUUCUUUGGAGAUGGACUCGAUCAGUCAUCACGGUCAUACUCUAACCUCUCUCUGAGUACUAUCUCUAACUCAGACAAGGAUGACGAUCCCUUUGAUUUGUCACCCUGUCUCUCACCUCAUUACAUCUCUACAGCCAUCCACCAAAUAAAAGACAUAGAGUACCGCCCUGUCAGUACUCCACCAACUUCAAAGAUACCAGUUCGAAGAAAUCGGGGUCGGCGGUUAACAGCUAGCGCCCCAAGAACUCCUGAGGGACACCUGAACUUCAAUGGAAAAGCAGAAGAUUUUACAGAGCUUGUUCAGGAAACCAUUCCAGAUGACUUUCUACCAAUGUCUCAGGCGAAAUUUUUAGAAGGGCAUCAAAAGUACCAUCACAUGUUGCAGGUGAUCAGGCAGUUAAAUGGACAACUAGAAAAAGCCCAAGCACAGAUAAGAGCACUACAAGAGAGCCGUCCCAAAGAGAAGAAAUUGCGUUUCUCUGACAUCUCACCUUUCCAGGAGGAAGAUUUGAGUUCUCCCACUGUACAGCAUGAGGUAAUUUAAAGAGUACUAAAGAUG